GGCCGGCCGCCAAUCGCGGGCGGGGACCCAGCCCAGGGUGCCGGGAGCCAAUGAGCAGGCCGCUUAGUGAGAGGCGGAGCGGCGGGACGGGAGAGAAGAUGGAGGCGGCAGCGGCGGCAGAGCGGGGUCCGGCAGCUCCGGGCGGCGGCGGGGCUGCCCCGCUGGGGCCGCGGGCGGUGGCGGCGGUGCCGGAGCGGCUGCAGCGGCGGGAAGCGGAGCGGCAGCGGGAAGCGGAGCGGCGGCGGCAGGAGAAGGCGGCCCAGGCGGUGCAGGAGGAGCAGAGCGGGUUCUUCGCGGCCGCCUUCUCCCGGGAGCGGGCGGCCAUCGAGGCGCUGCUGGGGCCCGGCCCGGGCCAGGCGGAGGAGGAUGCGGCGGGCCAGACCGAGUCGCUGGAGGAGGCGGCUGCCCGGCUGCAAGGGCUGCAGAAGCUCCUCACCGACAGUGUCCGCUUCCUGGCGCCGUACGAGGUGCGGCAGGGGCAGGAGGCGCUGAGUCGGCUCCAGGCGGCCUUGGCGGCCAGGCGCCAGCAGCUGCAGCCCAAGAAGCGAUUCGCCUUCCGGGCCCGCAGGAAGGAGGCGGAGUCCGCCCCGCCGCCCGCCCCGGCCGGCCAGCUGCCCUCGGAGUCCGCCCCGCCGGCCGGCCAGCUGCCCGCGGAAGGCGAAGGGAGCGGCCCCCCGCUGUGCGGCUUCAGCCGGGCCGAGGCCCAGACGCUGGAGCUCGGCCCCUCGGAACUGCUGCAGCGCGAUGUGCUCCUGGCCGACCUGACCGACUGCCGGGUGCUGCUCCGCGGCAACCCCAACAUGCUCCGGGUGCGGGACUGCCGGGGCUGCACCGUGCUCUGUGGGCCCGUCUCCACCUCGGUGCUGGUGGACGGGUGUAGCGACUGCCUCCUGGCGCUGGCCUGCCAGCAGCUCCGCACCCACCGCACCCGGGACGCCCGGAUCUACGUGCAGGUGACCAGCCGGGCUAUGGUGGAGGACUGCAGCGGCGUGCGCUUCGCCCCCUACACUUGGAGCUACCCAGGCAUCGAGGGCGACUACGAGUCCUCCGGGCUGGACAGAGGCAGGAACAACUGGAACUUGGUGGAUGACUUUGACUGGCUGGCCAGAGAUGAGCCCUCGCCCAACUGGAGCGUGAUCCCUGAGCAGGAGAGAAUCACCCAGUGGGACUGAAUGGGGGCUGCAAAGGAAACACUUUCCACCCAGAGGGGUCUCUGAGACUGUAGAGGAAACUUGUGACUGAUCAGCAGGUCCCAGCAGAGCUGCAAAUAAAACUAACAUUGAUUUACUCUAAAACAACAUAAUAGCAGUUUGUGGGUCUUUAAAUGCUGAAUUAUAAUGUGGGAUUAAACUACUUGUUCUAAACUGCUAUAAAUUGAUGUGCUAUGCUAGAGGCUGGUAACCACUGCAGUAUCCCUGUGACAACUCUUUAUGGCUUCUGUGAUUUGUAUGCUGUUUCCCGGCUCACUGGCAAUGAGCCUCUAAAUAGAGGUAUGCUGUUGCCUACUUUUUGUUCAACUAGAUAAAAUCUGAAUUGCCUUAUGGUAAUGUACACUUCAGUGGAUCAGGAAAUAUAAUGCUCAGACUCCAGAGUUCUAUAGCCUAUUACAAUCUGCGACCCUGUCUUCGCUAGGAAAAAAUGUUUGUUCUUCAUGGUUGGUAAUAUGGUAAAAGCUUUUCAGAGAGGUGGAAUUUUUCCAUUAGCCUAGUGCUGUCUACACUGGGGUUUAGGUUGACUUAAAUUCACUCUCCUGAGAUAUGUAGAAUUCACACCCCUAAGCUAUAUAGCUAGGUCAGCCUAAAUUUUCAGCAUAGACUAGGCCUAGGAUUUACUUUGAUCUGCUAACAUGGAUGAAAACUACAAUUUGCCUUGUCUGCCUAGGCUUUUACGAUAUGUUGGCCAGCAGGUAAGGACCUCCCUCUUUUCCUGGUGGAGACUAACCCUACACUCAAGGUUUUGAUCUCCAGUUAACUCAAGGUAAAUACGUUCAUAAAUGCUAAUCUGGGUGCUAAAGGGCAAAUGUUUGUAGCCUGAAAUAGGUAUUUGGGAAGUAUCCAGAUUGGCAAUUAAUGUUUGUAAUGGCUAAUCUGUUGAUGAGGUAAAAAGUAGUGUAAACAAUUUCUUAGAGUGCACAUAUUUAAGGUAUGCAAUAGAUGAUUGGUACCACAGGGGUCUUGCUCUAGUAAUGUGGUACAGUUGCCUAAAGGGGUUGAAUUGCUGUGAAAUGUUUUUGUUUUGUUUUGUUUUGUUUUGUUUUUUUUGGGGGGGGGGGAAGAAUCUUAACCACAAACUCUUGCUCUACUGUCUGUACUGCUGCCUUUACUUUUUGUAUAGGCAAGUUGCAUAGGCUAUUUACCAAAUCCUAUUAUGGUGAAGAUGUGGCAGUAGACUUUCAGAAAGCACAUUGUGUAGCAUUAUGUACUUACAUUAGAAGACCAUAUGGAACAGUCUGCAAGCCUUUGUCCUUUAUUUAAAAAAAAAACCCAAACUAUAUACAGGAACUUCCAUUAAAAGCACUCCGUUUACAAGUAGGACAGAUGGUAUAGAGUGUGGAAAUUUGAAACAACUGCCUUGUUCAAAGGUCAUUUCAUUGUAACAUUCCUACACAUAGGAACAUUUCUACUCUAAAAUAUUAGUGUAGAUAAAUAGAAACACUGCCUUGCCUACUGAAAAAACCAAACCCUGCUCUCUGGGCUGAAGUGCAAUGUUUUAAAACAUCAAACACAUUCAUAAUCAUGGUAAGGCAGCAUCUAUUUGAAGGUACUCUACCUGACUGUUUUUAAAGAACAAAUAUAGUCUCACAUAUUCUGUGUUUUUUUUUUUUUUUUUCCCAGAAUAAAGUUGUUACCCUCUCAUUUACAAUUUAACUUGUAUGGGGUUGGGGGUAUUUUCACAACUUUGCAGUUUUGUUUACUUGUACUAAUUUACAUCUUCUGACUCAGUUUCAGGUAUAAUACCAUGAAUGUACUUUAGCAACUGUAUUUAACUCAGUCCUUAUUUUGUCUAAUUUUCUGCUGAUGUUGAAACUGUUUUGGCAGUCUAAUGAAUAUGUUCUAAGAAAAUAGUUCUCAGGGGUCUGUACCUAUUGUAUCUUUAAAGGGACAUUAUAAAAUGUCACAUGUCAAA